AUGUGGAUCAGCCAGCUUCAAGGGUGCGGGCAGCGACGGCAGCUCUCAUGGCAGGAGCAUGCCUUCACCAAGCCUGGUUGUGGUUACUGCAGCAACUCCUCUGCUCUUCUCUUUACCCUUAACAAGGAGAAACAACUUUUGAAGACUGAAGAGAACAGCUGGUCCCUGGCAGAGCUGAUCCAUGCGGUCGUUCUCCUUACACACUACCACUCCCUUGCUUCCUUCACGUUUGGCUGUGGAAUCAGCCCGGAGAUCGACUGUGAAGGGGGUCACACCUUCAGGCCCCCUUCUGUCAGUAAUUAUUGCAUAUGUGAUAUUACAAAUGGUUACCAUGGGGUAGAUGAAAUUCAUGCCAGCCCAGCUGGAAGUAUUCCAUCUACAGAGUCUGUCUGUGAAGUUGAAGCUCUUAUGGAGAAAAUGAAGCAGCUACAGGAGUGUAGAGAUGAAGAGGAAGCCAGCCAAGAAGAGAUGGCUACACGUUUUGAAAGAGAGAAGAGAGAAAGCAUGUUUGUGUGUUCUCCAGAAGAUGAAGAAUCGGCACCAACAAGAGAUGUGUCUCGUCACUUUGAGGAUACUAGCUAUGGUUACAAAGACUUCUCCAGACAUGGAAUGCAUGUGCCCACCUUUCGUGUUCAGGAUUACUCCUGGGAAGACCAUGGCUAUUCCUUGGUUAAUCGUCUUUACCCAGAUGUGGGACAACUACUUGAUGAGAAGUUUCAUAUUGCUUAUAAUCUGACUUACAACACAAUGGCCAUGCACAAAGAUGUGGAUACCUCAAUGCUAAGACGAGCUAUUUGGAACUAUAUUCACUGUAUGUUUGGAAUAAGAUACGAUGAUUAUGACUAUGGUGAAAUUAACCAGUUGUUGGACCGCAGCUUUAAAGUUUAUAUCAAGACUGUGGUUUGCACUCCUGAAAAGACCACAAAAAGAAUGUAUGAUAGCUUCUGGAGGCAGUUUGAACACUCUGAGAAGGUCCAUGUAAAUUUGCUUCUGGUAGAAGCUCGGAUGCAAGCUGAACUACUUUAUGCUCUGAGAGCUAUUACUCGCUAUAUGACCUGAUGUCUCUGGCUGCCUGUUGAUGUUGGAAUGUUCUGCAGCUGCAGUAUGGUAGAGGAAGAUACGAAGCCUCAGGACCAAUGGUAGCUAUAAGUUAAGAUGCCCAUUGUGCCAUAACUCCUUUAGUUUCAGCUAUUUCCGUGUUUGGAAUAUCGCUGCUGCCACUCAGCAGUGAACGCUUGGCAGUUGAAAAGACAGGGUUGUGCAGAAGUGCUGCCUGCUCAUGGUAUUUUGGCUUUAGACAGCACAGGACACUCUAUGAACUUGUGGCAAUAUAGCAAAUGAUAGAUAUAUAGAUCUUGUGUUAAGGCAAGUAUUACGGGAGUUGGAGCCUGAAAAGAAGUGGGACUUGAUGACAUUUGCUCUCCCUACGAGAAUAAUUUUAGAGAAUCUUGAUGCUGCUAUUUGUGCUGGUGGAGUGAACAGACACAGGCUGUUCCAGUUAAGCUAAAAGUGAAAGUGAGCACUGCUAUUGUCUGAGCCUUUAUUGUGUGUGGUUUCAAAAAAGCCUUGUUAUUUAGAUUUCCUUUUCAAUCAGAACUAAACCUCUUCUGUCCACACGGAUAAUUUGAAAGAUAGCAGUCAUUUUCUCAAAUAGUUUAGCCUUAAAAUGCUCCAGGACAUUUGUUCAGCAUAAUUUGGUGAGCUCCAAAGUGCAACGGUCUUCCUAUGGAGAGACAAGGACUCGAGUCCUCAGAGCUUUUUAGAGAUCUGACUAUGUGAAGUGUCAAGUAGCUUCUUGUCCUGUUUUUUAAGGGUGAACCAAGGAGGAGCUUGGACAAGGUGUGGGAAUGUUGUUCUAGACUGCCAAACAGUCCUACUGUAUUACAUGCCCAACGCUGGUCUUACUGGUUUUUGCAGUUGCUUAAAUAACUAGGCUAAAAAAGUCUAUUUUUAGUAAAUCAAAACAUGAUUAAAAUGCUGACAUUUAAUAUACAGAGGUUUUGGAGAACACAUGAAUACUUUUGUAUGAGUGUGAAUUGCUUUUUAAAUUUGUCAGUAUUACUGGUAUUUUUUAAAUAAAGGUAACAACUUU